GGCUGAAAAAGAGAGAGACAGACACCCGGACGGACAGAGAGAGACACACAGACAGGUCGUAUCUGUCUGACAGAUAGACAGACAGACAGCCACGCUGCUGAGACUCUGAUGUUUACUGAAAUUAUUUUGGAAUAAACAAGACAAGCAGGAGGCGGUUUCCAGGCAACGGUGGACUUAACCCUAACCCCACCUAAACCCACCUAACCCCAGGUGGCUCUGCAUGAUGCCAGAAUGGCACCUCUGCUGCCCCCUGUCGGUUCAGAGGUCUUCAGACGCUUCACACCAGCCUCGCUGGAGGAAAUCCAACGACGACAUGAAGCCGAAGAGAAGGAGCAACAAAGGAGGAAGGAGAGAAACAUCGAGAUAGAUGAGGAAGAUCUUCCUAAACCAGCCAGUGACCUGGAGGCAGGGAAGCCCCUCCCAUUUAUCUACGGAGACCCACCCCCUGACCUUCUCAACACCCCAUUGGAGGAGCUGGAUCCCUUUUACCAAUCACAGAAGACGUUCAUCGUGCUCAGUAAAGGGAACAUCAUCUACAGGUUUAACGCUGAGUCAGCGUGUUACCUGCUGAGUCCGUUCAGUCGUCUGAGGACCUUCGCCAUCAGGAUCCUCAUCCAUUCUUUAUUCAGUUUGUUCAUCAUGGUGACGAUUCUGACCAACUGUGUGUUCAUGACGAUGAGUGAUCCUCCAGCAUGGAGCAAAACUGUGGAAUACGUGUUUACGGCCAUCUACACGUUUGAAGCAACAGUUAAAGUUUUGUCCCGAGGAUUCUGUGUUGGAGAUUUCACCUUCCUCAGAGACCCCUGGAACUGGCUGGACUUCAUGGUCAUCAGCAUGGCAUAUCUGACAGAGUUUGUAGAUUUGGGAAAUGUUUCUGCGUUGAGGACAUUCCGAGUUCUUCGAGCCCUGAAGACCAUCACAGUCAUCCCUGGUCUAAAGACGAUUGUCGGAGCUCUCAUCCAAUCAGUGAAGAAGUUGGCUGAUGUCAUGAUCCUGACGGUGUUCUGUCUCAGCGUAUUCGCUCUGAUUGGUCUGCAGCUCUUCAUGGGAAACCUGAGGCAAAAGUGUGUCCUGAUACCGCCGCUGCUUCGCAACCACACAUCUGACGUCGAUCUCAACACUGGUUACCAGGGCAACAUCACCAUCGGCAACUACACCCACAGCAAUGACACAGGAAGCAGUAACUUUGAUUUCUAUGAGUACAUCAGCGACCCAGAGAACUACUACUACCUGCCCGGGCAGCUCGAUGCUCUGCUGUGUGGAAACAGUUCUGAUGCCGGGGUCUGUCCGGAGGGUUUCAUCUGUCUGAAGGCGGGGAGAAAUCCAAACUACGGCUACACCAGCUAUGACUCUUUUGGUUGGGCGUUCCUGGCUCUGUUCAGACUGAUGACUCAGGACUUCUGGGAAAACCUCUUCCAGCUGACAUUGCGAGCAGCAGGUAAAACCUAUAUGAUCUUCUUCGUGGUCGUCAUCUUCCUUGGCUCGUUCUACCUCAUUAACCUGAUCCUGGCCGUGGUUGCCAUGGCGUACGCCGAGCAGAACGAGGCCACCUUGGCAGAGGCCAAACAGAAGGAGGAGGAGUACGCUCAGAUCCUGGAGGCGCUGAAGAGGAGAAAUGAGGAGCAGGCGGCCUGCAGGGCGGAGCUGUCCGAGAAACCAGACUCAACACACACAUCUGUGGAAGGACAGGGACACGAGCAAGAACACACUGCCAUGGGAGAGUUUGAGGAUGACCAGAGGCCGUGUCCUCCAUGUUGGUACACCUUUGCUGACAUCUUCCUAAAGUGGAACUGUUGUGGCUGCUGGCGGUGGCUCAAACAGUGGCUCUACACGAUCAUCAUGGACCCGUUCGUUGACCUCAGCAUCACCAUCUGCAUUGUCCUAAACACCGUCUUUAUGGCCAUGGAGCAUUAUCCAAUGACGGAGGAGUUCGAGGAGCUGCUGAGCGUCGGAAAUCUAGUCUUCACAGGGAUCUUCACAGCUGAGAUGGUCCUAAAACUUCUGGCCAUGGACCCAUAUCACUAUUUCCAGGUGGGCUGGAACAUCUUUGACAGCAUCAUCGUCACUAUGAGUCUGGUGGAGCUGGGACUGGCUAACGUUCAGGGCCUGUCUGUGCUGCGCUCAUUCCGAUUGAUGCGAGUCUUUAAGCUGGCCAAGUCAUGGCCAACCCUCAACAUGCUAAUUAAGAUCAUUGGGAACUCUGUGGGGGCUCUGGGGAACCUGACUCUGGUUCUGGCCAUCAUCGUGUUCAUCUUUGCCGUUGUUGGGAUGCAGCUGUUUGGGAAGAACUACAAAGACUGCGUCUGUCGCAUCGCAGAGGACUGUGAGCUUCCUCGCUGGCACAUGAAUGACUUCUUCCACGCAUUCCUCAUCAUCUUCAGGGUCCUGUGUGGAGAGUGGAUCGAGACCAUGUGGGACUGCAUGGAGGUCUCUGGUCAGGCCAUGUGUCUGAUCGUUUUUAUGAUGGUCCUUGUCAUCGGAAACUUGGUGGUGUUGAAUCUGUUCCUGGCUUUGUUGUUGAGCUCGUUCAGCGGUGACAAUCUGGCAGCUUCAGAAGAUGAAGGUGAAAAUAACUUGCAGAUCGCCAUAAAUCGGAUCAAGCGGGCUUUGGCCUGGACCAAAGCCUGGAUCCUAGAUCAUAUCUGGACUGUACUGGGAAAGAAAAACCACAUUAACCCAGACCACAUCGUGGUCGACAGUGAAGAAGAUGGCAAGAAUACAGAAGAAGUUUUUCCUUUGACCUUUAUGACCUCAGACCAGUCGGUGUCAGAGGUCAAAGCCCUCAGCUGUAGCCACAGCAACCUGACCAGCAACUACCAUAACAUCACCUUCCUGAGGGUGCCCAUUGCCAAGGCUGAGUCAGAGUCCGACUUUGAAACACCUGAAAAUGAAGACGAGGAGGAGGAUGAAGAGGAUGAAGAGGAAGAAGAGGAAGAAAAGCACUCCCACUGUGACGAGUCGUCGGUCUGCAGCACCGUACAGAAAUAUCCGGAAGCCCAGGAGGACGAAGAUGAUGAUCACGAUUCAAACACGCCUGAGGACUGCUGCACCGACAAGUGUUAUCAUCGCUGUCCGCUUCUGGACAUAGACACGUCCCAGGGCAGGGGGAAGGUCUGGUCUAACGUCAGGAGAACCUGUUUCUCCAUAGUAGAACACAACUACUUCGAGACCUUCAUCAUCUUCAUGAUCCUGUUGAGCAGUGGAGCUCUGGCAUUUGAGGACAUCUACCUGGAGCAGCGUCGGGUCAUAAAGAUCGUUCUGGAAUACGCAGACCAGGUGUUCACCUACGUGUUUGUGGUAGAGAUGAUUCUCAAGUGGAUUGCUUAUGGAUACAAGACGUACUUUACCAAUGCCUGGUGCUGGCUGGACUUUCUCAUCGUAGACGUGUCUCUCGUGUCUCUGACAGCAAACAUCCUAGGAUACUCUGAGCUGGGAGCCAUUAAGUCUCUGAGGACUCUGAGAGCUCUGAGGCCCCUAAGAGCCCUGUCACGCUUCGAGGGCAUGAGGGUGGUGGUGAAUGCUCUGGUUGGAGCGAUCCCGUCCAUCUUCAACGUGCUGCUGGUCUGUCUGAUCUUCUGGCUGAUCUUCAGCAUCAUGGGAGUGAAUCUGUUUGCAGGAAAGUUUUAUUACUGCUACAAUGAGACCUCAGAGGAGAGGUUUCAUCCUGAUGACAUCAAUAACAAGACCGAGUGUUUUGCUCUGAUCAGUGAAAACUUCACUGAGGUCCGCUGGAAGAACUUGAAGGUCAACUACGACAAUGUGGGAAUGGGUUACUUGUCGCUCCUGCAAGUGGCCACAUUUAAAGGCUGGAUGGACAUCAUGUACGCUGCGGUGGACUCCAGAGAGGUGGAGUCCCAGCCGAUGUAUGAAGAUAACCUGUACAUGUACCUGUACUUUGUCUGUUUCAUCAUCUUUGGCUCCUUCUUCACCCUCAACCUCUUCAUCGGAGUCAUCAUCGACAACUUCAACCAACAAAAAGCCAAGUUGGGAGGAACAGAUAUUUUCAUGACAGAGGAACAGAAGAAAUAUUACAAUGCCAUGAAGAAACUGGGCUCUAAGAAACCGCAGAAACCUGUUCCACGACCUGAGAACAAGUUCCAGGGUCUGGUCUUUGACCUGGUGACCAAACAGUUUUUUGACAUCUUCAUCAUGGUGCUGAUCUGCCUCAACAUGGUGACCAUGAUGGUGGAGACGGACGAGCAGAGCCAGGAGAAAGAAAUCAUCCUAUACUGGGUCAACCUCGUCUUCAUUAUCAUCUUCACCACUGAGUGUUCUCUGAAGAUCAUUGCACUCAGGCAGCAUUACUUCGCUGUCGGCUGGAACAUAUUCGAUUUUGUGGUCGUCAUUCUCUCCAUAGUAGGUCUACUCCUCGCUGACAUCAUAGAGAAGUAUUUUGUAUCGCCCACACUAUUUCGUGUGAUCCGAUUGGCUCGUAUUGGUCGAAUUCUUCGUCUCAUUCGUGGAGCUAAGGGGAUCCGGACGCUGUUGUUUGCCCUGAUGAUGUCACUUCCUGCCCUCUUCAAUAUUGGCCUCCUUCUCUUCCUCAUCAUGUUCAUCUUCUCCAUCUUUGGGAUGUCAAACUUUGCCUAUGUGAAGAAGGAGGCCAUGAUAGAUGACAUUUUUAACUUCGAGAACUUUGGGAACAGCAUGAUCUGUUUGUUUAUGAUCACCACUUCAGCUGGAUGGGAUGGUCUGCUGAGUCCCAUCAUGAACACGGUGCCGGACUGUGACCCGGACAUCGAGAAUCCGGGAUCCAUGGUCAGAGGGAACUGUGGCAGCCCAGCAGUGGGCAUUGUCUUCUUCACCACCUACAUCAUCAUGUCCUUCUUGGUGGUGGUCAACAUGUACAUUGCCAUCAUCCUGGAGAACUUCAACGUGGCCACAGAGGAGAGCGCCGACCCGCUGUGUGAGGACGACUUUGAGAUGUUUUAUGAAACCUGGGAGAAGUUUGACCCUGACGCCUCCCAGUUUAUACAGUACAGUAAGCUGUCGGAUUUCUGCGACACUCUACAGGAUCCUCUGAGGAUUCCUAAACCCAACGCCAUCAAACUGAUCCACAUGGAUCUGCCUCUGGUUCCUGGAGACAAGAUCCACUGUCUGGACAUUCUGCUUGCACUCACGGCACAGGUGCUGGGUGACUCAGGAGCUAUGGACACUCUCAAAGCCAGCAUGGAGGAGAAAUUCAUGGCCAACAACCCCUCAAAGGUGUCAUAUGAACCGAUCAGCAGCACCCUGCGGAGGAAACAGGAGGAGGUGGCAGCAACGGUGAUCCAGCGAGCGUACAGGAAACACCUCCUGCGUCGGACGGUCAAAUUGGCGUCCUACAAAUACCGCGAGAAGACAGAUGGACAACGAGAUGAGGAUUUGGCCCCAGAGACAGAAGGACUUAUCUUUAAACAGAUCAGUCAACUGUAUGGAGACCGUCAGGACGUGCAGGAGCCCGGUUCUGGUGUUUCAGACGAGGAACGUCCUCCUCCUGCCCGCGUGGAGCUUCAGAGUGAGCUUGUCCUCCACAGCGCUCCGCCCCUCAAUACAGACGACGUCCUGCGAGAUGAGAACCUGAGGGAGUCUAUCGUGUGAUGAUGCCUGGUGUUUAAUGUUUUGCCUGUUUCUUCCUCUGCACUGUGUGAACUCGCUAACCUCUCUGUUAGCUUCACAGCGACUCCGCAGAACGACAGCUCGCAACAGACAGUUGAUCCUGAGCUCCUCCUCUGGCUUUGCACACGAACGUGUUUUAUUCCUGUAUCUUCAUUUCUGUCUGUGCCGAAGGAGUUCGGGGAUUUUUUAAUCUAACACUGUUCAAUCUGUUGAUGCAUCAGAGUCAUGAGCCUCUUCUGGGACACACAGUGUAUUAUAUGAUAUUAUCUGUUUAUAUUACGAGUUUGUUUGUGACAUUAAAAUUUACAAAUAAACUCUUUUUAACUACUUAUGAUGUGUAACACGAAUCUAACCCUUAUUAUGUUAUCAGUAAUCUGGGACUGUUGACUGUUAGUCCCAGAUCAGGUGAUUGUUACCUGUCCAUAGGUGUUGAUUGGUCGGAUGGAUCACCUCAUAGCUCUGACUGGUCCACCGUGUUUGGAACAUGUUCAGGAGCUGCCGGCUGUGACCAGAAAAGUCUUUUGAUGGACAUUUGAGUUGACUAAUCAUGACAGUAUUCAGUGGUGAAACGAAGAGAAAUGAAUAUGUGCAAAAAAUAAA